GCUGAGCUGAACGCAAUCAUGUCGCAUUUUUUCCUGAGAUUUUCGCCAGACUUUUGAACGGUGGGUGGUGCAGUAUCGGUACAUCGCUCGACCUCCGCAGUAUUUGCAAGUCCAGAAAGUGGUUUGCCAAAAACGAAAGUCCGAAAGUUCUACGCGUCGAAAUAAAUAAACACAAGUCUUGUGGCAAGUCGUCAAUAAAUCAUCAACUUAAUAGCCCCGCCAACACACACACGCACACACUACGGAGAAGAGGAAGCAGCAGGAAGUGAAAUUGGCGGCAGUUUGACCGCAACAACAAUAACAAAUAACAAAUAACAAAUACGCCUGCAACACACAACCGCACGCACACACUCACACUCUCGCACACGCGUUCGUCAUCAGCCGUGGUCCUCCGUUUCUGCCUCCGCCUCCGCCUCCCCCAACGCCGCCCCCUCCCCCACAACCAUUGUGACAUUUGAUUUAUUUGACGUGUGUGUUUUUGAUAGAAGCUCAACACGAAACUGACACACACAUACUGAACCAGAAGAACCAAAAGAAUUUAUUUAGUGAACGAAAAUAAAAUCACAGUUUUUUCGCGCAUGUUCGAAUCGAAGUGAAGUGCGACAACAGAAGGGAGCCAACAAAAUAUACAAAAAAAAAAAAACAAAAAGCAACAAAACAAAAGCCAAAAACCAAAACACAAAUCCAUCGCUAUCAAUGAGCAGACGGAAUUAAUUGCCAAACAGCCAAAAGUAAUCUAACCUUCGGAGAUUUCGGGCCCACAAUAAUCUCUAAAAAUGAUGCUUCACGAGGCUGUCAUGCUGGAAAUCUAUCGCCAGGCGUUGAGUGCAAGCGAGUUGGCCAGUCCGCGCUGCCAGUCCCGGGAGUCCAACACCUCGGCUGGAGCGGUAACAGGAUCCGGCGACGUGCGAUGUCCAUCGAAUGAGUCGCACUGCUCGGCCAACGAUCGCCUGACUCCGGCUGCCACGCCCACGCCCACGGUCACGCCCCUCUCGCCGCACUCGGUGGGUCUGCCGCUGGCGGCGACACUUCCCCCUGCAGCGGCUGCCCUGCUGCCGCCCCAAUCCGCCGCCAUGGCCGCUUACCUGGCCGCCGCCCAGCAGAAUCACUUGCUGCUCACGAAUCCCCUGGCGGCAGCGGCCUCCCUGGUCCAGCAGGUGGUGGAGGAGGGCCAGGGGGAGGGGGAGGGUGAGCCACCCGCCCUGGACUUCAGCAGGAAGCGUCCCACGAGCGACGCGGAGGAGGACGAGGAGGGGGAGGGGGAGGGGGAGGAGGAACCGGAAGAGGAGUGCGAACAGGAUGUCCAGGGCGACACUGGACCUCUGGAUCUCUCUGUCAGCACGAGAAAGCGGCAGGGGCACGACUCGCCGCCAGCCAGGAAGAUACCGCGAAGUAUAUGCGCGGAUUACAAGUCACCACUGCCACCUGGCAGUUGGAUGCCCCCCAUCAAUCCCUACUUGGCGGCCGUGGCAGCCAAAACCGGAGGACUGGGUAGCUCCAAGAUGGCUCCCAGCGAGGCCAGCAAGGCGCUGGAGAAGAUGAGUGAGAUGAGUCGCCGUGAGACGCCGCCGCCCGUGGCAAGGAACUCCUCUGGCGGGCCAGUCUCGCUGGGAUCCGCGGUGUCGGGGGGCGCAGGAGCUGCCACCGGUGGUCGCCACAGUGCCUGGCAAUCGCACUGGCUGAACAAGGGCGCCGAUGCGGCCAAGGACGUGUUUAAGUGCGUGUGGUGCAAGCAGAGCUUCUCCACGCUGGCCAGCCUCACCACACACAUGAAGGAGACGCAGCAUUGCGGCGUCCAGAUACCCUCGCCCUCGUCCGCCGGCGCAGGAGCAGGAGCAGGCACUCCCUCUGCCCCGCCUCCCUCCAGGCUGACCACCUCCGCCUCCGCCUCGAACUCCGCCUGCUCCAGCAGCAGCAGCUCCACGUCCAGCUCGUCGAACUCCUCGAAAUCGGAGUUGAACAUGCUGAUCAAGGAGACCAUGCCGCUGCCCAGGAAACUGGUGCGCGGCCAGGACGUCUGGCUGGGCAAGGGCGCAGAGCAGACGCGCCAGAUACUCAAGUGCAUGUGGUGCGGCCAGAGCUUCCGCUCGCUGGCCGAGAUGACCAGCCACAUGCAGGAGACGCAGCACUACACGAACAUCAUCUCGCAGGAACAGAUCAUAUCCUGGAAGUCGGGCGACGAGCGGGACCGGCCCUCGAACGGCGGUGCCCCGCCCCCCGCCGCCACCUCCACUGCAGCCCCUUCUGCUCCCACUGGGGGCACGGCUCCCUCCGUUAGCGCCGUGCUCACCUGCAAGGUUUGCGAUCAGGCCUUCGGCACCCUCAAGGAGCUGAGCAGCCACAUGGCCCAGCAGUCGCACUACAAGGAGUCGCCGACCGCCUCCGCCUCCGCCUCGCCACCAGCUCCCGGUGGCGGUGGCAAUUCGAAGAGGGGCAGGCAGAACCGCAACGAGAAGCGCAAGAAGUCGCUGCCGGUGAGAAAGCUGCUGGAGCUGGAGCGCUCCGGCUCGGGUUCGGGUUCCAGUUUGGACUCGGCACUGAAGCCGCUGAGGGACUUUGCCGCCGCCACCAAGAUCACCUGCGAGAAGUGCGGCAGCAAGAUAGAGACCGCCCUCUUUGUGGAGCACAUCCGGAAGUGUCUGGGCGAGAGCAUACCGAUCCCGCCCAGGCGGUCCGCCCAGGGCACGGAGCGGCUGCCCAGUCCCGGCGAGAAGCCGCCGUCGGUGCUCAAUGCCCUGGAGCAGCUGAUCGAGAAGAGCUUCGAGUCGCGGGCGGGCAGGGCCAUGACCCCGGGCGGCUACUCCGAGGCCGGCACUCCGCUGGGCGCCAGCAUCCUCAAGCGGCUGGGCAUCGACGACAGCAGCGACUACACGAAGCCGCUGAUGGACGCCCAGGCCAUGCACCUGCUGCGCUCCUCCUACGCCUCCCGGGAUCGCAGCGCCAGUGAGUCGAGCUCGGCCAGCCGGGUGGAGUCCUCCUACACGCCGGACAGACAACAGGUCACGCCACGUCGCACGCCGGACACUCCUGCCCCUGGCCCUGCCCCUGGGCCGCCCCUUCCGCCGCCGCCGCCCACCAUCAAGGCGGAGCCGCCGGAGGCGGAAGCCUCGUCGGGUGGCGAUCGCGAGGGCUGCAGUCCGCGACAGCAGCAGAUCCACGUGAAGAAGGAGUUCAGCAUGGAGGCGAGUCGGCAGAGUCCCCGCUCGGCCAGCGAAUCUCCGGCGCCGCCGACCGCAGGAUCUGCUCCAGAUAGUGGCAGCUUGCUGGCCCUCAACUCCAUGUUCGAUCAGCUGAGUGGCGUGGAGCACAACAACAACAACAACAACAACUCGGGACACUGCUACAACAGCAACACGGGGAGCAACAUCUCCGGCAAGAAGCCCAAGGCUCAUCCCCUGGCUGCGCUGCAGAAGCUGUGCGAGACCACGGAUCCACCUGCCCCGCAACCGCGGAGCGGUACCGCCUCCGGACCCCCGCCCGCGUCCACCGGCCACGGGAGCGACCUGGUGGCCUUCAGCUGGGCCUGCAACGAGGCGGUACUGAGUGCCAGCAGCGGCGGCUCCGGCGGCGACGCGGCCAUCAUCAAGUGCUCCUUCUGUGAUACGCCGUUCGGGUCGAAGGGCGCCUACCGCCACCACCUGUCCAAGGUGCACUUCGUGAAGGACGCCGGCGAGGAGUCGCCGCGGCUCAAGUCGCCGGCCGCCCAGAGCCCCAAGUCCAUGCCCAUGGCCUCGCCCAAGCGGUCGGCCUCCCGGAGUCCGGCGACGGGACCUCAGCAGCCGCCGCCGCCGACCCCGUCGCCCACCAUCAAUCCCUACGACGAGAGUCCGCAGUCCAAGUUCCUCAAGUACACGGAGCUGGCCAAGCAGUUGUCCUCGAAGAACGCCUAAGGAUGCGUCAGGUUCGCUAGUGGAAGGCUAAGGAGUUGGAGCACUCACAAGAUGCCGGAAUGUUGGGUGCUUAUGCAAAUAAUAGUGCCUAUUAGCGAACAGAUUGUAGACAAUGGGAAACGAAGACAGCUACGUAAUAUGAUCUCAUUUCAAAACUAACACAAUGUACCCUUAACUCUUGCUAAAAAGUAAGAUAACAGUUUUGUUCAAAAAUUAAAAAUUAUAAACUUACACUCCCUUAAAAUCUUGCAAAUGCAAAAGAACUGUCUGAAUUACAUUUUAAAAUAUCCGAAAAGAGAUCUGUUCGCUAAAAGAGGUAUACACUUGCAAACAUAAAACUUGAUUUCGAAAACCGAAGAUUUAAAAUCUCGAAAUUCCAAACUCAAAACCGAGAUUCCAAAAGCUCUCUUCUCUGCAUUGAUUUCUGAUCUGUGCUCUUGCAGACGCUCUCUCUCUCUCUCUCUCUCUCUCUAUCUCUCUUUCUGUUUCUCUCUCUCGAGCGCUGCACACCCACACACUCUCACACUCACAGGGAUUUCCCCUACAUUUGCUGAAUUCGCAUUUCCCCAGUCUCACAGCUCUCCUCUUGGGGUUUCCCCUCGUCAGUGACGUCACAGCAAAUGCUGGUCCGCUUUUUAUUGUUUCCCAAUCGGACAGUCGCAGUUGGACGUGCGAGCGAGAGGGGGCUAGCCAGCUGGAAAUUCAAUUACCACCACUUUGACGAACUGCUGUCCAUCAAGGCGCGUCGGACAGAGAUGGCCAUAGUGACGGAAUGACGAAAGGCGACGACACGAGUUCGUCAAACUACGUUCGGAUGGGGGCGAGAGGGACAGCAACAGCCCCGGUGGGUGGGGAGAGAGCGAGAGAGUGGGUGAGUGGCUCGAUUGAGUGGCAAGUGUGAUUUUGAGUGCAAAUCGGAUUAGAGUGCACUCAGAGCAAACGAGUCAAACGUUAUUUAUUUAAAAUGCCGCAGUUCCUGGCCAAAAAAAAAAGAUUAAAAGCGUGCCAAAAAAAUUCCAAUUACUUAAUUCUAAUAAGCUAAACUAAAACAAUUAAAUCAGUACACCUAAGCAGUUACAAACAAACGCAACGCAGUAUACGUAAAAUCUUAACACUUAAAAAGUUAACCUCAUUUUAUGGUUGAAGGAAACUUUUAAUGAUGCAUAUAUAUGUAGCCUCAUACCAAAUAAUGCAUUGAAUUAAUGUAAAUAUCUAGCCAAUAGCACUUUCCUUCCAUAUGUCUAAAGAUUAUCAAUAUUUACAUACAUAAAGGUAUAGAAAGUCGAAAUCAAAAUGUAGCCACAGCAACGCAUGUAUACGGAAACAAUUUUAAAAAUUAUAUAUACACCACGAACUAUAUGUACACGAACUAUAUGUAUACCAUAUACCAACCACUCCAAUCUCAACAAUAACUAAGAACCUUGAAUAUCUAACCUAAGAGUUAAGCCUAAGAGGAGGAGGACUUUGCAGAAUGUAAAACAUUUCAUUAUUAUCAACAACAAUCAUUAUGGACGUCAUCUCUCGUCGGCAAUAAUUUAAAUUUAUAUCUAUGAUAUAUGGCAACUAUGUAUACGACUUGUAUUUGGGUUUUUGUGAUAUUAUUUUUAAAACGAAUCCGUUCGCUUCCUUUUCGCUACGCCCCCACCCCCACCCACAACCACACCCACAUCCUAUAUCCUGCAACACCUCCCAAACGCCCCUAGAUCGUAAGUUAAGUUAUAUUACCGCAAUAAAGGCGCAGCAUUCAAAAUACAAAUUACUUGAUUUUCUCUCUACGAACAAGCAAAACAAAAUCGAAUCUGGACUUGAUCUAAUUGAAAUC